AUGGAACAGGAAGAGGGAGAAAUGGAGGCCUCCUCUCCCAUGGGCUCCACCACAGAUGAGGAAACGGAUGAUGACUCUGAACAAGAGCCCCCACUGGUCGUCCGGAGGAAGGUGUCAUUUGCCGAUGCAUUUGGCCUCAACCUGGUGUCAGUCAAGGAGUUUGACAAUGCUGAUUUGGCAGAGUCAGAGGUCAUCGAUGCCCUUGAGAGGGAGGCAACAAAUCCAUUGGAGGAGUUCUAUAUGUCCUGCCUGUUUACAACCCCCUCAUCCCCAGAAGAGCUGGAUCAGAGGCUAGAAGCAGAGAUGGUGGAGCUGGAGAGCAUUGGGCUUCUCCCAGGAACCACCACACUCCGUGGCAUCAUCAAGGUGGCCAACCUCUGCUACAAUAAGUCUGUUUAUGCUCGGAUAUCCCUGGAUCAAUGGAAAACCUACUUUGACCUGUUGGCGGAGUAUGUGCCUGGAUCCAGCGAUAGAAAAACGGAUAAAUUUGCCUUUAUGUAUACUAUGGUUCCUCCCUUUGAGAAAGGGGGGACCAGACUGGAGUUUUGCCUGCGUUAUGAAACAGAAGUAGGCACAUUUUGGGCUAAUAACAAGGACAUGAACUACGUGCUGUUCUGUCACCAGAGGGUACAGGGGCCUCCAAUGCAAGAAGAGAGUGCUGGCCACAAGGGCAAGAGGAGCUGUCUCAUAAGAACUAACAGGAGGGGAAGUGCAGAGGAAAAGACCAGGGACACCAUAAACACAGUAACAGUUGCUGCAGAAGCUGAUGCCCCACAUGAAGCAGUGGAAGCUGACAGAAAGACAAUGGACAGUGCAGAGAUACAAUCAUUAUUAUACCAUGAAGAACACAAACCUUUGGUGGGUAACAUAAGAAGCCGGCACAGAGUGGCACGUUUGGCACGUGUGCAAGACAUCUUCCAAAGGAGACAGCAGGAACUGAAACCGAAGCCAAUAUCAACCACGUGGGAUAACUUUGCCAGCUCUCUCGAGAAACGCCACAAGAAACCAUCCAAUGAGAGUUCACAGGUACUCACCUACCAUCAGAUUCCUCUGCUUACAUUGGACUGGAACAAUGAUAAACCCCAGCAGUGUGAGACUGCUGACAAGGGUGAUAUUUGGACUGGAACAGCUAAAAUGUCAAAAGCGUCGGAGGAACCUUCUGUUGAUGAUAUGUGGGAGGCCUUUCUCAACGGUACAGAUGAUACAACUAGUGAAGAAACCUCUGUGUGCGAUGUAUGGCAGGCAUUUCUUCAUGGGCCGAGCUAUAAGGACCAUUCUGCUGUUCCAGAGUCAGAGUGGCUGCAGACAGCAAUGUUAGUGUCUCCCCCAAAUGAUAAAGAGCCCCAAACCCAAUAUGUAGCAAGCAAUCAGGAGCAUGAAUUUCAGUUGGGCACAGAUACACCCACCACCUUACAAGCACCCACCUCAACUGCAUGUCAGCUGCUGUCAGACACUCGUGAAACAUCGUUGGCUAAUACUGCCAUAAACGUCAAUGACCAACAGCCAGCAGAGGAAUGUGUCAGUCGCCCAAGAGAUGACAACACAGUGACACAGGAGGCAUCUCAAAGGUCACAGACGAACUCUGUUACAGACACUCUUCAGGAAUUUAGCCUCAGAGGGGCAACGCCCGUGUCCGAGGGCUCCGUUGACAGUUCAACUGAGUGUCACAAGCAAGCAAUCCAGGAGCAAGAAAGAGAAGGAAUAAUAAGAGAAGCAGGAGGAAUAAGAGGCGAUGAGUCCUCUAUGCCACACACAGCUGACUUAGUAACAAGCUCAGGGGAGUCGGAGACAACAGACAUGACAGCAAUGCCAGAGUCUCAGAAUGCCAGCACUGAUGAUAGGAUCUCACGGGGAACAGGGCUGGAUCAGGGUCUUUCAUACAGCCAGGAAGAGGAGGUUACAGGUACAGCACACAAUGCAAUGGAUAACACGCUGGCAUUUAGGGAGACAAUCAGACUGGGGACAAAGGAUGGGGAGAGGUUUGUGUUCUCUGCGCCCACAGAAAGAGUGGAGGAAGGGAUCACAACGAACUGCACGGAAAAUAACAUAUCUACAGAAGAGGAAAUAUUUAGACCAGAAUGUGAAAUCUCCCAGAGGUAUGCAGAUGAAAAGCAGUGCGAGGAAGUCAGCCUGAACCAAAACGGGGAAAACGCAUUAAAGCAGAAUGAAAAUGAUGAAAAUGAAAAAAGACCUGCACAGUCACAUGCAGACGAAUUUAAUCUAAACCAAACAUGUCAGAAAAACAUCAGGCAAAGCCAAAUGAUGGAAAAUGAAUCAAAAGUGGAUGAAUCAGAGAGUGAAGAUGCAGCAUCAAAUAACAGCAACGUGGAUGGAUUUGGACAGAAAGAGGUGGAAACUUCUGAUUCUACAACAAGUGAAAAGACAAAGAGACUAAUUGGAGAAGCUGAAAUGAUCCAGCUUUUAGAUAAGGAAGCAGAGGAAGUGCUGUGCCUUCAGAAAGAGGAGGAGGACCGCACACAGGCACAGGAAUCUGAAAUAGAUGAACAUGUAUCAGUCUCAAAUCAGACAGACAAAGGCAUAAGCUUGAGCUAUAGUGGAAUAAUUCAAGAGAAACAGGUCUUCGACAAUGACCAUGAUACAUUUAGACCUUCUCCAAAAGAUAAAUGCAAUCCAAACCAGAUGGAGGUAGAAAUGAGAUGGACUCAUUCACAGGAACAUAUUAAGGGUCAUGAGCAUGUAGGCAGUGAAAUAAGAACAAGAGAAGUUACCGUGAAGGAGAACGUAGCGAAGAAAGACACUUCAACAAAGCUUCAACACCAACCUGAGACAUUAAAAAGAAUAGAGGAAGAUAUGAGUCAGAGAGAUAGAGCUGAGAGGGUGAGUAUUGGAAAGCUGGAAAUAGAAGCAGUGGGGGAGUUGAUGGGAAACGUUGAGAACCCUCAGGGGAAGAGUGAGAAUGCACCAGCUGAAGUGAAAGAGUUGUCAGCAGAAGUUGAGAGCUCUCCACUUGUUGAAUAUAAAAAUUUGUCAGAGGGAACAAAAGACCCUAUUACGACAGAAAAUACUAUAGCACUUGAAGUGAUAGGAUCAGGAUUAGAGGAGAUGCUCAUAGACAGAUUCGGAGAAGACUUGGUCAAUGGGAUUUGGGAGGAUGUGUUUGACAAUGCAAUCCUUAGCAGGAAUAGCGGUGAGCUUUCCGCCAAUGGCAGCUCACGCAUGGGCCGACGCAUGGAGGGUUUCCACGACUACCCCUAA